AUGCCAUUGUUCCUAUACCUCAUGACUACCUCGCUAAUCGUGAUCAUGGCCAACGAUGGAACGCAAUUGUUGUCGUUAUUGGAUGGUAGCUUCUGGGAAAAUGGCAAAUGGACUGCAAGAAGCCCUGGAAGUAAACUGAAGGAAGGUUCGAAUACCUCACCGAUAGUGCCCGAAUAUUCAGAUUUGAGUAUCCCCCACAAGACAAGAGGUGACGAGCAAGAGAAUAGAAGAGUCCCGGUACUGUGGGAUCCUGUUCUCAAUCAAAAUUUUGAAUCUUCAGGCAAUGACAAGCAGAAGGUCAUUAAGCAAACUAGAUCCGAAAAUCCUUUAAUUAAUAGAAAUAAUGUCAACCACCUCUCCACAAAUUUGAAUUUCGAAAAAGAACCACGGAUUACGAAAAGCUCGGCCUGCCAGGAUUCAAGCCUGACUUGUGAGAAAAGCAUAAAAGCUAUUGAAAACUUCAACUGCACUUUGCCGAAUGUAGAUAUAAGCUGCUAUGAAUCGGAUUUCCCACAAUCAAGACCUCGUAAAUACCAAAGGCGUAGCGCAAGUUAUCCACUAAAAGUAGACAUUUAUCUAACUCGGCGACCACUAUUCGGCAGGGCGUACUUAGUUUUCGUGACUAUGCCUAACCUGGGAAACGAGAAGUUCGUACUGAACCUCACUGUGGACACUAAAGACUAUUUCAUCGACGAGGUAGUGACCGAUCCUGGUACCAAACAAAACGAGUGGCGGUAUACUAAACAUUUUGAAAGAGUAUUGCGGAAAAGGUUACUUAUACAUCACCGAUUGCCCUAUACGAGUUGCUAUUUCUACCGCACCAGAGCCUCUUUUUAUAAAACGGAUCACAAGUUCGUCAUAGCCAGAGUCAGUUCGUACUCGGACAGGAGCAAACUAUUGGCAGCCGAGGUGCAGAGCAGAAUCACAGUGCAUAAGCCACCAGAAGCGUCCUGCAUGCCUAUAUUCUCUUUGCGCUUCUGCGAGGAUCCCGAUUAUCCGUUGGAGUAUUGGAGCAAGAGUCACCAACUUUUUAUGGCAGUGGUAACCGGCGACUGUGGUCAUAUCCGGUAUGGGCAUACCCGAUGGGACUUUUAUGACCUGCGGGAGAAAAAUCUUCUGAAACAUGUUGCCGUAACUGAACACUUCGUGCUUAGCCUGCCUCCAUAUGGUACAUAUAAAAUGGGAGUCUUAUUAGUAUUGCGGGCCGAAGCUAAAAUAAAUGAUGUUUCGACUGUAGCUCGUUGCUAUUUGAGGUACAUGCCCCCUAAGGUGGAUGUUAGAAUUGUGGGCAAUGAGCGGCGAAAAGUGGACGUUCGCAAUAAAAUUAUACUCGACGGCAGCCAGACGAGAGACCUAGCUGGGCCAAUCGAAAAUUUAAACACCAAGAAAUUGGUAUGGAGUUGCAGGAGCAAAAACGAUCCGAGAAACAGAUAUUGCCGUUCACAUAUGUCAGACAGUAAGUCCCGUUUUGCGACUACCGGAAAAUGCCCUCAGAAGAGGGUUCCACUCCUACUGGGCGUCUCAACCGACACCUUCACGCCUGACAUCCAGUGCGUGCGCAACUGCGCCUACGGCGUGUACGCCCCCACCGAUAGCGUCCACCUGAAGGCCAAAUGCAAGGACUGCAACGAGCCUAUAGUUAGGUAUGAGUGGUGGGUGACAACGUCGAGUGAGGCAACCGAAGAAACGCUGGUCUCGCAGACGAAUUUUGCCAUCAUGCACUACCGCUACCGCUCUUUUUCCGUUCGACUGAGGGUCAAGUUGGCGAGCAAGAUUACGGCGCAAGCCUUCUACACAUUGCACAGGAACGAUGGCCCCAAGAACGGAAGCUGUACUAUCUCUCCGACCUCCGGCAUCGAGGCUGUUACUAUGUUUGAGAUCAAUUGUAGGGGCUUCCAGGCGCAAUUUGGACCCAUCUAUUAUCGCUACGUGAACCCUGCAAUGGGAAUCAUUGGGCAAUCGCAGUUCGCAAGGUAUGUUGCAUGUCUGACGGCAACCGAAGAGGUUGCAGUAUAUAUUUGCGACGCCAUAGAUAUGUGCGUUCGCCAGGACCUCAAUGUAGACGUACAGCCGUUCAAGUUCAAGGACCCCAGGGCGAAGCCCGAACAGCGCAUCAAGCAGGUUCUUCGCAAUGUCCCGGAUUUGAUAAGGCGUGGCUUUUGGAACUCAGCAGUCAGUCGAUCAAUAGCGGCCACCACGCAUGUCAAGAAUGCAGACCAAGCUAACCUGAUAUAUGCUAGCUUGAUGCAGCAGGAGCCCUUCUCGACUGCCCAGCUUGAAAGGGUUGCAGUUCUGGCUACCCAAUUGCUGAACCACUUGAUUCCAAUCGGCCACAAAGAAGCACUGCUUCUGGCGAAAGUUUUGAAGCAAAUGUGCCGCAUCUUCCAGGUUGUUGUGCGUCAAGGCGACCGGCUGCAGCCACAAGCCUAUGACUCGCUCACGGCCAUGCACAUGUUCUACAUGUCCUCGCUGGGGGUCCCCUCUGAAACGCAUUCGAAGGCCAUGUGCACGCCCAACGAUCCAGAGUGCCUCAACAUAGAGAAGAUUCACCUAGCGAAGCGUUUCAGGAUCGGAUUUGAUCCCCAGAUCCUGGUGCGGAUUAACCAUUGGAUGCUGGCCUCCUGGCACCUCUACAAGUGUGUCUACUUCCUAGGCUUGAUGGCUAGCCAGCAGGCAAACACAUACGAUAAGCCCUUGUCUGUGCUAAAGGGUGGCAUUGCGUACCAGAUAAACGCUACACAUGUGAAAAACCCUAUCAAGCCCCUCUCCCUGAAAACCAUAGACAACAUUCACGAACUACAGAUGUCGGCUAAGCUUCUAGAUGAGCUCAGUUCGAAACUGGACCAUAAAGACAUUCUGUGGCAAAUCAUCUCUCAGCAGAACCACAAAAAUUUCUUCUGGUGGCACCCGCAGCCCAUGCCCGCGGCAACCAGCGUACUUAUAAUCCACGCCUACAAUCGCAGUGGAUUCACUUGGGUCGGGGAUAAGUCCCGUUUGGAGAGCCCUGUGGUGUACAAGACGGACAUUUCCAAAUUCAGCGAGAACAAGAACUUUAUCAAGUUGAUUUCGAGUGGCAGCAUAGUCGACAUCUUGGAGAUUCAUCACUACAGAGUGAUGCUCAAUUUUAAGGCAAUGUUGGCGGUGCGGGUUGUUAACUGUUCUGAGCCGAUUUAUGUCAAUAUGCGAUUGCACAGGAGGCCAACGUCCAAGGAACUUAUUCAUAACCGUUGUCUUGUAACACCCGCGAUGGGAGGUAAACGUGUCUGGAUGGCCAACGGCUGUGAGCGUAGCGUGGCAUUUGUAUCCAUUCACAGGCCAGGCGUUUAUCAAGCAUUGUUUACAGAAGGGAAAGCAGUUUCAACUGUGAACUACUCGAUACUGCUGGAAAUUCACCAAUGCAAUCAUUUUAAGAACCGCAGCCUUAAUCCCGGUUGGUCCGGCGACCACUGCAACUUCUCUUUCGAGCACAGCUACGGGACCUCUGUACACUGCACCUGCCACACUCUGGGCAUCCUGGCCACCCGUAUUUUUCCCAUCUUGGCGCAAGAUCAGAUGAUGUUGACAGCUCGGAUCGUACUAGCCAUUCAAUGGGUCAUUAUUCUUCUAUUUUUGUUACUACUCUUCGUGCUUGGCGUUAUUUUGGUCAGCAGCUUCGGAAAAAUCGCCGCGAAUCAGCACCUUGUAAAAGACGUUGAGUGCGAUAGGAGAACAAUUAAAUAUGACCCAAAUCGUCCAGUUACGGAGGAAUUACUUCUAGUGAUUGAGACCGGGGGCCAGGAGUUUGCGGGAACCACUUCGAACAUCAAGAUCUACUUGAAGUCACCGAAUCAGCCGGAGAACAAGUAUCAGAUAACACAGGAUCCCCUGCACCCGAGACUGUUAAGGAACACCACCAACAAGAUGGUGGUGCCAAAGGGCACUGUUAAUAUACCCACCCGUCUGGCCCUGGGCAUCGAGCGCAAUGGACGCUAUCCCUCGUGGUACUGCCGCACCGUAACCGUUAUCGAUCUGGAGCUGAAGAGGCAUCAGCUGUUUGUGGUCGAAAGGUGGAUCGAACGGGGUCACACCCCCCUCAUGCGCUCCAAGUACUUCACCAUAGACAGCCAUCAGACCAUCCUCCAGCAAACAUGGUGCAAGCGAUUUCGGAUCAGGUUUGAGCAGUUGUACAUCAGCUGGUUCUGGGCCAAUCCGGUUAUGGGACCCUGGCAGAACAGCAUUGGGGGCUGGACCAUGAAUCGAGUCGAGCGCACCGCCAUAAUGGUCAGCAAAGUAGCCGUUACGACCACUGUGAUCAGUUUGUAUUACGGAAAGAGCAGUGAAUCAGUUGAGAAGGAAAGGCUGAAGUACGGCAGCGUUCGCUUUAAUUGGGAUAUGUUCAUUGGACUAUCUUUCUAUUCCUUUAUGUGCGUUUGUCUGGUCCAUAUGUUCUUUGAACUCUUCGUUAUGCGGUUGAUUUUGAUGCGUGAUUAG